GACAAUACUUCAUCUCGAGCUGCCUCUUGAGUUUUUGGCCGGAAGCUGCUGGUCGGAACGCGACGGAAUUACAAAGCCUAUUCUUCCAACUUGGUCUCUGUCCCUGCAGAUGAAGCGACCAGAUAGCCCCCAAUAAUCCCCCAACCAAUCCCGGCCCGGGUUACGGCGCACCGAAAUCAAGAUGUUGGAAGGCCUGGUUGCUGGAUUGCUCAACCGUUUCCUGGGCAUGUACGUGAAGAACUUCGACCCCGCUCAGCUCAAAGUCGGAAUAUGGUCUGGCGAUGUGAAUUUACGCAAUCUCGAGCUCCGCAGGGAGGCUCUGGAUCAAUUGAAACUUCCCAUCAAUGUCAUGGCGGGGCAUCUUGGCGAGCUGACCCUCGUGAUCCCGUGGUCGAACCUACGCGGAGCUCCGGUAAAGAUCUUGAUCGAGGAUGUUUUCCUGCUUGCGUCGCCCAAAGAAGAGGCGGCCUACGACGAGGAGGAGGAGGAGCGCAGAAGUCAGCGGCUGAAGAUGGAGAAGCUAGACUCCGCCGAGCUCCUGAAGGAGCGGUCUCGAGAAGGGCUCAGCCAGGAGGAGCAGAAGAAAAGCCAGAGCUUCACCGAGAGCCUAGUGACCAAGAUCGUAGACAACUUGCAGGUCACAGUCAAAAACAUCCACGUGCGGUAUGAGGAUUCCAUAUCCGCUCCUGGUCAUCCUUUCGCUCUAGGCAUCACCCUCGCCGAGUUCAGCGCGGUCAGUACGGAUGGAGAGUGGGAGCCUACCUUCAUCCAGAACUCCACCGACACCACACAUAAGCUAGCUACGCUGGGCGCAUUGGCAAUUUACUGGAACACAGACAGCACGCUUCUCGGCUCCGGUCGUGAACAAGAUGAAGAAGAGAAGUCGAUGCCUCACCAGGACAUGGUCCGACAUUUCAAGGACAUGAUCCUCAAGAGCGGCGAUACCUCCAUGGCGGAUCAUCAAUUCAUCUUGAAGCCGGUGAGUGGUCAAGCUAAGAUUGAGCUAGACAAGACAGGUGACGUGCACGUCCCAAAGUUCAAAGCGAAUCUACUUUUCGACGAAAUUGGUGUCGUGCUCGAUGACGAUCAGUAUCGAGACGGCUUGAUGAUGGUAGAUUUAUUCCAUUACUUCAUUCGCCACCAGGAAUACAAGAAAUUCCAGCCGAAAGGGGUGACACCUAGAGAGGAUCCUCGCGCCUGGCUCAAGUUUGCCGGGAACGCGGUGCUCAAUAAAAUCCACGAACGUAACCGCCGGUGGUCUUGGGACUACUUCCGCGAACGUCGGGAUGAUCGAUGUCGGUACAUCGAGCUCUUUAAGAAGAAGAAGGCAAACCAGCAGAUGUCACCGGAAGAGAUCGACGACAUCAACCACCUCGAGUGGAAGCUUGGAUACGAGGACCUGCGCUUUUGGCGGUCCCUGGCUCGUAAUCAGUUGAGAAAGGAGAACGCCGAGGCCCUCAAGAGAGUACCUACUGGAAUCGAUCAGCAGCCACAGCAGCAAGGCUGGUUGUCAUGGAUGUGGGGUUCGAAACCGGCCGAUCCUAGCGACUCGACAGAGAAUACUCAGAUAACCGAAGAGCAGCGCAAAGAGCUCUACGAGGUGAUCGAUUGGGACGAGAAGACCGCCUUGGCCGAAGCAGUUGAUACCCCACGCGAUACCGUUAAGAUGCAGAUCGAGACGUCGCUCAGUACUGGCAGUUUUACGCUCAGACAAAGCCCUCAUGGGAAGAAGACUGACCUGCUAAGUCUGCAUUUCGACGUCUUCAAGGCGAAAGCGCUUAAGCGCCCGGACUCCGUGCUUGCCGACAUUAGCCUGGGCGGUUUUCGAGUCAAUGACGGGACUACCCCAGAUAGCUUGUUUACGGAGAUCGUCCGGGUCAAGGACGCGCCGAACGCGAACCGUAAGAGGCGACUUUCUAUCGCUGAGCUCGAAACGUCGAACCAAGAAACAUUCUUCGAUCUGCAAGUUGAGCAGAAUCCCCUUGAUGGCGAGAGCGACUUCGCUAUUACUGCGAAACUCAAGCCUUUGGAGAUCGUAUGGAACCCUAAUUUCGUGGUGGGGGUCGUCGAUUUCUUCAAGCCGCCCGAGAGGCACAUGGAAUCGAUUUCCGCGUUGAUGGAGACUGCCGGGGCGACCGUUGAAGGGUUGAGACAGCAGACGCGCGCUAGUCUCGAGUUCGCUCUUGAAGAACACAAGACGAUCAACGCCAAACUAGACCUCCAAGCGCCUCUCAUCAUAAUCCCUCAGUCCAUCAAGACCCGGAGAUCCACAUGCCUGAUUCUUGACGCCGGUCAUAUUAGCCUGAAUAGUGAGCUCGUUGACAAGGGGACCCUAAAACAAGUUCAAGAUAAACAGAACCAGAAGUUCUCUGACGAAGACUUCAAAAGGCUCGAGUCUCUCAUGUACGAUCGCUUCCUUGUCAAGCUCACCUCAACUCAAGUCCUGAUCGGGCCCUCGAUCGAAGAAACAAAGGCCCAACUUGUGGAAAAGGACGAUACUCGUAUGCUGCAUAUCGUGGAGAAGAUCAAUGUCGAUUUUGUUGUAGCCCUGUCAAUAUUACCAAAGGCGCCAAAUCUGACGAAGGUGAAGGUGUCCGGCCACAUGCCCGUCCUUCGAGCUAUGGUGUCAGACACUAAAUACAAAAGUCUGAUGAGGCUAAUUGACGUAGCAAUUCCCAAGUUCGGCGACGAGCAACAGACCAACCCCCCCGGACAGCCCAAGAGGCCGCGGUUGCUCAGCUCUUCGUCCAAUCGCUUGCCCAAGCUACCUGAUCUUAAGAGGUCUUCCAAUCUGUUUCUCGCCCAAGAGACUGCCGUGAUACUGGAAGACGAGUCAGAUGACGACUCCGAUCAAUUUGAAGACGCUGCGGAUGGCACUCCAAACCAACGGCUUAAAGUACGACAGCGAAGUUUCGAAUUCAAAUUUGCCGUUGAUAGAUUACAGGGCUCUCUCUAUCGCAGCGAUCCCGAUGGAAACCGGAAGGAAUCUCUACUCGUUGAAAUGAUCGCGGAAAAUUUCGAUCUCAAUUUCUACGUCCGACCGUUCGAUAUGGCAGCAGAGGUAUCCCUCGGCUCCGUGACGGUAGACGAUUUCGUCGAUAACCCUCCAGCGGAAUUUAAGUCAAUUGUGUCAUCAGGGGAUGUCGAGGAUCGUCAACAACAAAGGGAUCUCGUACGCAUCAGAUUUAUCAGAGUGAGGAGAGAAUCCCCAGAAUUCAUGCCAGUAUAUGAAGGAAUAGAAACAAACAUCAAUGUCGCUGUCUCUACCAUCAACCUCGUCGUCACAAGAAGAACUUUACUUACCCUGCUGGACUUCGUUCUUACUACGUUCACUAACAACGGCAAUCCAUCUCCUCAACCGCCUAAGAGAAUUGACGAUACAAAUGAGGAAAAGCACGAUGUUGAGAUUAUUGAGCCGGCAGUGGAGUCACAACAGAACGAGGCUGGCUCUAUCCGCGUGAAGGUCGAUCUGAAGAGUAUUCGUAUGAUUCUCAAUAACGACGGAAUCCGACUGGCGACGCUUUCGUUCAACCACGCCGAGGUUGGAGUAUACUUACUUGGGAAGACGAUGAGAGUAGCUGCGAGGUUAGGCGACCUCACCUUAGUCGACGACGUUAACGUCGGCGCCUCGGAGGAAUCGAGCUUCCGUCAGCUCGUCACCAUUCAGGGAGACGAACUAGCCGAUUUCCGUUAUGAGACAUUUGACCCAAGCAACGAGAAGGCGUAUCCGGGAUACGAUUGCUCGAUCUUUUUACGUGCGGGAUCUGUCCGGGUCAACUUCCUCGAGGAACCAUUCAGAAAGAUCAUCGAAUUCCUAGUCAAGUUUGGCAAGAUGCAGGCUAUUUACAAUGCCGCCAGGCAAGCUGCCGCGAACCAGGCACAGCAACUACAACAGAGCACCAGUAAAUUCCGGUUCGACGUCAUAAUCAAUACUCCCAUCAUCGUUUUCCCUCGAGUUCUGUCCCCGGACCGGCCACAGCGAGACUUGAUUACGGCGUACCUAGGAGAAAUUUACGUGCAAAAUAAAUUCGUGGCGCUAGAUGAUUCUGAGAAUUCCGAAAUAGCGAUGAAGCUGUCGACCGGCAUUAGGAAUAUACGUCUUACGUCCCUCUUUCAUUAUCCCAACGAACAGCGGGAAGAACUUGAAAUGAUCGACCACGUGGACCUAGGCUUCAAUAUAACCUAUGCUGAACACAAGGACGGGUCGAAGAGGCCAGAUAUGGAAGUGGAAGGGAGCAUGACCGACAUAAACCUCAAGGUUACUCAAUACCAACUCAACUUCCUUUUGGAAAUCUCUCGGUCCGUCCCAGCCGCCUUCGCGACAGAUGCUAGUGCCAGAGGAGAAGAAGCGGAACGCGAUAUCGACGAGGGUACACUGCGACGAGCCAAGACAAUGUCAUCCACGACCUCUGGAGGCGAUAACCAACUGAUCGAUCUCUCGCCAGAAUUGGGCCCGAGAGAGGACACUUGGACCAAGCUUGAUUUAGUGUUCAAUGCUCACAAGAUCGGUCUUGAGCUAAUUAAGGCCGCUGAGGACUUGCCCGUUGGCGACACUGAUGCUGCCAGCCUAUCGCGAUUCUCUCUAGACGACAGUAAGCUCAAGACUAGAAUUCUAGCCGACGGCUCGUUGGAAGCGGAAUUCGUGAUCUUAUCAUUUACCAUACACGACAGUCGCGCUCGAGAAGGCAGCAAGUUCACUAGGAUCAUGACCUCUUCUAACCAAAGUGUCCAGCAGUUCAUGGCAAGCAUAUCUAUGUCCGGGGGCGAGGAGCGGAACUUGAUUGCCAUAGUAGCCGUCGACAGCCCCAGGAUCAUUUUCGCUUUGGAUUACCUCUUCGCAAUCCAGAAGUUUAUGAUGGCCAGCUUUAAAACCAACGAGCCCGCGUUAGCUGCUGAAGAAAGCAUCGUAGACACUCCAGACAUAUCAGAUACCGAAUCAACGUGGACGAGAAGCUCUCGAAAGAGCCCGCAAAAGUCGAAGCCGGAAAAGAGUCGGGAUAGUAGCAGUUCUAACUUGAACAUCUCCUUCCGCGUUAAUAUUGUCGAUUCGCAGGUCAUACUCAUCGCCAAUCCCCUGAGUUCCAGUUCGGAAGCGAUUGUUCUUGGAACGAAGCAGGUUCUGCUAUCACAACAGAACUCAUUGACGUUUCAGGUCUCUGAGGUUGGGAUGUUUCUUUGUCGCAUGGAUAAGUUCGAUGAGACGCGACUUCGUAUCCUAGAUAACUUUUCGGUUCAAGUGUCCAUGGACAGCUCGCGGCCCAGUAUAACGAGGGUACAUCUCGACGUCGAGCCCUUGAUCCUUCGCCUCUCUCUUCGCGACAUCCUCCUUGCCCUCCAAAUCAUUAGCAAGGCCUCCGAGCUCUCCGGGAAUGAGGACGGCGAGCCGAAACCUAGUGCUUCCGACAAGAAGGCAAAACGGCUCCGGCAGUCUGGACUCAAGGAACGUACGGCGAGCGGCAAGGGGCCUUCUACUAUCUCGGCGAAUAAAAGCAGAGUGACGAAGGCCGUUGGCACAAUCAGCGCGGGCAAAUCUCGGAAAGACCAAUCUUACCAACCCCGCGAUACUAGCAGUCCUCCAAAGAACCACGAGGAGUUGACCGCUGCUGUUGCUGGGGUUCGCGUCGUCCUUAUUGGUGAUGUCCACGAAUUGCCAAUUCUGGAUCUGAGCAUCAAAAGUUUUACAGCAUCGGCAGAGGACUGGUCGAGCAGCCUCAAGGCAGAGACCGCGAUCGACAUGUAUGUCAACGUCUACAACUUUGCCAAAUCCGCUUGGGAGCCACUCCUGGAGCCUUGGCAGGUGGGCCUCGGUGUUGCUAAGAAUCAAGAGAGCGGCCUCUUGUCUGUUGACGUCUCUUCCAAGAGGACGUUGGACGUUACCGUCACAACGGCGACAAUCGCCUUGGCGUCCAAAUCGUUCGACUUCUUGGUAAAAGACGAGGAUGUUUUGGGCAAACCCCGGGGAGUGGAGGCUCCUUACAAGAUCCAGAACUACACUGGUUUUGACAUUUUGGUACAGGCGAAGAGCCAGAGCAGUAACGAAAAUAUCUCUCUCAAGCUGCAGGACGGCGAAGAGGCUCCGUGGAGUUUUGAGCACUGGGAGAAGAUGCGCGAGAAUAUCGCGUCAGAGAGCAACACAUCAAGCAGUGUUUCGGUUCAGAUCGAAGGCAGCGGCUUCGAUCCGGUUAAGAAUAUCCGUCUCAACCGCGAGGGCGAAUUCUUAUACGGCCUGCGGCCGAAAACGGAUAACACGCUUCACCGGUUACUUGUGGAGGUGAAAUUGGGCCCUGAUAACAUCAAAUACGUGACGCUCCGGUCGCCUCUUGUUGUCGAAAAUCAGACGCAGAUACCCGUCGAACUGGGCGUCUACGACGUCCAGGAAGGUCACCUACUUAAGAUUGAGAAGAUCGCUCCAGGAGAGAGCCGACCAGCGCCCGUGGCUGCUGCCUUUGUGAAAUCCCUGCUGAUUCGACCGGAUUCGGGCUUCGGCUGUUCUUGGUCGUCCGAUCAUCUGUGGUGGAGAGACUUGCUGAAGAGACCUACCCGUACGCUUAUAUGCAAAGGCGACAACAAUGACCUAUUCUACUUCCAACUCAGCGCGAAUUUUGAUCGAGGACACUUCCUGACUGGGAAAUACCCGUACAUGAGACUCAAGCUUUCCCCUCCGAUAGUUCUAGAAAAUCUCCUUCCAUACGACUUCAAAUACCGUAUUUACGACAGGAACACUAAGCGAGAUUGGACGAACUUCCUGCGAAAGGGCGGUGUUAGCCCCGUCCAUGUUGUGGAACUAUCACAUCUCCUGUUAUUGAGUAUUGACAUGCAGAAUGCGCUGUUCAAGGCUAGCGAAUUCGCCAUCAUCAAUUCUGGUACGCAGGAGGACUUUCGCAAAGAACACACCUUGGUGUGUAAGGACAGAGAAGAUCUUCCUCUAAACCUGAGACUCCAUUACUUCAAGAUUCCGGAUGGCGGCGGCGCCUUCAAGAUAACGGUCUACAGCCCCUACGUCAUACUAAAUAAGACCGGUUUGGAUGUGAACAUCAGCGCUAAGCAAUUCCUCCAGCAGCCAAGGAGAGCGGCUGGUCAAUCGCUCACGGCCGGCACAUCAGAUGAAGAGAGACCAAAAGCGCUGCCGCUCAUGUUUUCGUAUAACAAUGAUGACCAGAGAAACCGAGCCCUUCUGAAACUAGGCGACUCGGAAUGGAGCAGGCCCCAGAGUUUCGAUGCCAUUGGAAGCACGGCCGAAGUUGUUCUACCUUCGCCCAGAAAUGACGCUGAGAUCCAUAUCGGCAUUACCAUCGAGCCUGGCGAAGGCAAAUACAAGCUGUCAAAGGUCGUCACUCUGGCACCUCGGUUCGUGGUCAAGAAUAAGAUUGGCGAGGAGAUCGUCGUCAGAGAGCCUACUUCGUCGAGAACCAUGACCCUCAGGGCUGGUGCCUUACAACCCCUUCACUGGCUCCAGCGAUCGACUACGAAGCAAAUAGCUUUGAGAUUUCCUGGAAUUGAUGACCAGUGGACAUCGCCGAUCAACAUAUUAGAUCUGGGUACGGUUCACAUCAAGAUUGCUAAAGCUGGGCAGAGACAACGCCUCAUUCGCGUUGAAAUUCUUAUGGAAGAUGCGACUAUCUUCCUCCACCUUAGCAUGGAGACAAAGCACUGGCCGUUCUCAAUGCGUAACGAGAGUGAUACCGAGUUCACCUUCUAUCAGGCAAACCCGAAUAUCGACGAAGACGGCGUCGAAGAUCGUUCCGGGUGGAAACCUGUCAGAUACCGCUUGCCACCGCGUAGUAUUAUGCCCUAUGCUUGGGACUUCCCAGCCGCCAAGUUCAAGGAAAUUGUUAUUAACGUCUUCGGCAAAGAGCGGCACGUGAAGCUCGCGGAGAUCGGCAACCAAGUCCCAAUGAAAUUCAUCAACGGUUCUGGCACCGCGAAGAUCAUCGAUAUUAACGUUGCGGCGGACGGGCCAACCCAGACACUCAUUCUAUCCAACUUCAAACCGAGCAGGAGUUUAUACCGUCAGAAGACACAGACAGGUUCCGGCACCAGCGGCACCAGCGGCUUCGAAGUCAAGAGUCAAGAUACCGACACGACGUUCCAGGCACAACUCAAGCUUUCCGGCAUUGGUAUAUCGUUAAUCAACCAACAACUCAAGGAGCUAGCGUACAUCACAUUCAGAGACAUCAACCUCCGGUACAACGAGUCAGCUCUAUACCAGACUAUCAGCACUUCGAUCAAAUGGAUUCAAGUUGAUAACCAACUCUACGGCGGCCUGUUCCCAAUGAUACUCUACCCUAGUGUGGUUCCCAAGCAAGCGCAAGAGACAGAACUGCAUCCCUCAUUGCAUGCCAUGAUUACCAGGGUCAAAGACAACUCGUACGGCGUUCUAUACGUCAAAUACGCCACCAUUCUACUUCAGCAAAUGACCAUCGACCUCGAUGAAGAUUUCAUAUAUGCUGUGUUGGAUUUCUCUAAAAUUCCUGGCGCCUCGUGGUCCGAGACUAACGAGGGUAAGCUCUGCGAUGAGGGCCUAGACAUUCCUGAGCCGAAGCAAGAACAAUCAGGCCAAGAUAUCUACUUCGAGGUCUUGAACAUACAGCCGAUGCAAGUAGACUUGUCUUUCAUGCGAACCGAGCGCGUCAACGUCGAGGACAAGACCUCUUCGCGCAACCCCAUCAUGUUUUUCGUGAACGUGAUGACCAUGGCUAUCGGGAACGUCAACGACGCGCCGAUUCGGUUGAAUGCCCUGCUGCUGGAGAAUGCCCGCGUAUCCAUCCCAAUUCUAACGCAGAACAUUUCCAACCAUUAUAGCCAAGAGGUUCUCUACCAGGUUCAUAAAAUCAUUGGCAGUGCCGACUUCCUCGGCAACCCUGUUGGGUUAUUCAACAGCAUCAGCAGCGGUAUAACCGAUGUCUUCUACGAGCCAUAUCAAGGUCUCAUUAUGUCCGACAAACCCGAAGAUCUCGGUUUGGGCAUCGCCAAAGGGGCCGCCAGUUUUGUUAAGAAGUCCGUCUACGGUUUCUCGGACUCUUUCUCCAAGGUGACGGGCAGCUUUGGCAAAGGGUUAGCAGCCGCCACUCUCGAUAAGCAAUUCCAGGAUCGUCGCCGCAUCGCACGAGCCCGCAACCGGCCCAAACACGCCUUGUUUGGCGUCACAGCGGGCGCCAACUCGUUCUUUACGUCGGUAGCGUCUGGUAUCGGUGGCGUGGCGCGCAAACCUAUCGAGGGCGCGGAACAGGAGGGCGCUGUUGGGUUCUUCAAGGGCGUGGGUAAAGGCUUCAUCGGCCUCGCAACCAAGCCGGCCGUCGGAAUCUUUGAUCUCGCGUCCAACGUGUCCGAGGGCAUUCGGAACACGACAACGGUAUUUGACGGCUCGGAACUCGACCGUGUCCGCUUGACCCGCUUCGUGCCGGCAGACGGCAUCGUACGGCCUUACAAUCAACGGGAGGCUCUAGGGCAGUCAUGGCUAAAGCAGGUGGAUAACGGGAAGUACUUCAACGAAAAUUACAUCGCGCAUUUGGAGCUACCACGGGAGGACAUGGUGGUCAUGAUCACAUUUAGCCGAAUUCUCCUCAUCAGGAGUCGUAGGCUGACUACGGAAUGGGAUGUGCCGCUCAAGGAUGUGCAGACCAUAUCGAAGGAGCGCACAGGCCUCAGCAUCGUGCUCCGCGGGGGCACCAACGGGCCAUUCGUCCCCGUUAGUGAAGAGAGCGGACGCGCCUUUUUGUACCGCAUGGUGGCUAUCGCCGUCGAGGAGUUCAACCGCAGAUACAAGGGCUUAGAGUAAGGACAGGCCUGCGUGUCGUCUGGGGAGGAUAGAAAUCGAUAAAUGGACAGGCGGGCGACUCGUAGGGAACACGAAAAAGGUUAAGAGACAACCCGGACUGAGAUAGUUGACUUAUUUUUUGCAAUGUCGAGCACAGCAUCUUGCUGCACGGGUCCCUCGCGCAUGUAUAUAUAAUAUGCCCCGAGAAUUCUAUGAGAUGAUGACUUUGAUGAGAUAGGUCUCCUAUUGCCUCUGUUGUGCAAAACAGAACUAAUU